AUGUCUUCCUAUGACCUGUGUCAACCCAACCCCUGUAGCCCAACCCCGCUGGCCAACAGCUGCAACGAGCCCUGUGUCAGGCAGUGCCAGGACUCCACCUACGUGAUCCAACCCCCUCCUGUAGUGGUGACCCUGCCUGGACCCAUCCUCAGCUCCUUCCCCCAGAACACCGCCGUGGGAUCCACCACCUCUGCAGCUGUUGGCAGCAACCUCAGCUCCGAGGGAGUGCCCAUCAACUCUGGCAGCUCCUCUGGAUUUGGGAACCUUGGAUAUUCAGGCCUGGGCAGUGGGUACAGCCGGCCCUACCGUCGCUACAACACCUACCGCAGCGGCUUUAGCGAGCCAUGCUAAAGUGUGAGGAGCAAGCGGAAGGAAUGACCAGGAAUGCUGAAGCAUGACCCGACACAGGACUGAACUCAUGGCCAUGGUUUUCAGAAGUGAUGUUAGAUACCCACAGCUCCAGCUCAAGUUAAUGGAGCCGUGGGAGCUAGGCAUCUCCUGAAAUCAGGCCUUUGCUUGUCUUAGUCUUUGAAUACUUCAUAUUUCUGAUGAAAAGUAUUUUUUUUUUCUGUUGCUGUAGGUGGGACUUUAUUGUCUCAGUUCACAGCAGCACUGCGAAAAGAAACCCAGGAUGAGAAGACAUAUUAGCUGUUGUCUUUCUGAAUCCUAGAAAUGUAUACUUAUACUUUUUACUUUUUUUAUUCCACUUUUUG